AUGAACUCAUUGACAAGAAUAUGUGGAAAGAAACAAACAACUUUUUCACACAUUCAAAAAAAAACAAUGACAAGCAUUGACACAAGCCAACAUGUGUCCUAUGAAUUGAAAGUUGUCUCACCCAAUACAUGUACCACCACUAUUGACAUCACUGAAGUCAAUAACAACAACAACCAACAAUAUUUAACAAAGAGAGAUUCAAUUCACAAGCAAAAAUCACUUCCAUCCUCAUUGAAAACACCCCGUUCAUCCUCUGUUACCAAAUUCUAUAAUAGAGCUUUCAAAAUUCAUACAUGUUGUGGUGUAAUGGAGCUUAACUGCCUCAAGAUGACUAGCAUGCUAGCUUUAUUCGUUAGUUUAAUUGCCUUUUGCUUAUUGAUGGCAGCUGUGGCAUUUAACUAUUCAGUUGUCGAUAACUUGUACUCGAAUAUAGGGGCCUUGCAAACAGAUGCCACCUACUAUAGAGAUUUGAUGAAACUCUCAUGCAGAGUAUCUGUCGUUUCAGAAUAUAAUCGAACUUUGGCGCUGGAAUAUGCCGAUCUAUUCAUGACCUAUCAUGACAAGUAUUAUGAAGUACUCAAUGUUUUACUUGUUUCAGUACCUGAAGAUGUAGUCUAUUCUAAGAGAAAUAACAUGAGCAGAGAGGAUGUGAGAUCGAGAAAAGCUGUCAAGGAAGAGCUGUCAGUAAUAGAGAUGGUCAGGGCAUCCAAUUAUUCACAAGCCAUCACCAUACUCGAUUCACCAUUAUAUCAAUACUAUUUAGCAGGUUAUCCUGAAGAAAUUCAACCAGUUUUGGAUUAUGUUAUUAAUAUGCAAGAAGUGGUUGAAGAGGAAGAUUUGGGCACAACUCUGGCCUCUCUCAUUAUUCUGGUCGUGUCAAUGGUCAUUGUCGUGCCAGUGUUGAUUGCGUAUAUUGUGCUUUCGGUAAGGAAAGAUACAACUAAGGAGAAGCAAUUGAGACAAGUGAGAAAGUACAUGCUGAUGGAUACAAUCAAUGAUUCGGCACUUUGUGAGAAAUUCAAAGAAUUUUGCAAGAUUGAAAGAAGUGAAGAAAACUUUGCAGUUCUGGAAAAGAUUAACGAUUACAAAAAGUUGUGUGAAAAGAGCUUUGACAUUCAAGUUUUCUUAUUUGACACUGACAUUUUGAGUGGCUCUGAUCAAUUUUCUGAAACAACAACCACCACAAGUAAUGAAGAUUCAUCUAAAAAGAAGAAGAAUAUUAAGAAGGGCUUUACUGAGAAGGAUUUAUCCGAUAUUGAAAAGAGAAAGUUUGAAAUUGCAUUCGAAAUUCACACUGACUUUUUAGAUGUGAGAGGUGAACGAUCUGUCAAUACCAGCAAACAAGUUGCUGAUAAUGUGAAACAAUUUUUGGAUUAUUUUGCAAAGGGAGAGAAUGAAUCUCUUCCUGAAAAUUUAUUCGAAAUUGUGGAAACUGAAAUGUGUGUCUUGAUGAUGGAUACUCAUCGCAGAUUUAAGAUAUUUGUCGAACAACAAUUGAAGGAAAAGAGGAAAAUCCUUUCUACCAUUAAGAGAAAAAUUGAUAAGAAAUGAGCUCAUUGUCACUACUCAAAUAAAGUUGCCGAAUCUCAAUCAC